AUUUGUGGAUACGAAUAAAGUAUUGAAUAGGUUAGGAUUUUAAAUGUCAUUGAAAAAUAAAAAUAAACAUUACUCCUAUUGACAUUUCAAUUCCCACUACAAAUUCUUGUGAUACCUGCAAAGGUGAAUGUUAUUGUAUUUUUUAACAUUAUUUAUUAUUGCUACUCGAGGCAACCCAGUGCAUUAUUAUGUUACGUGCAGUCAAGUCAGGGAUUGUUAGGUUAGGCGAAUUGUUUUCGUGAAAAUCAAAUCAGAUACCAUCUUAUCAGUAUAAGUAGAAUGAGAUAAAUCCAUCCGGCUUAAAAAUGCCUAUGUGGUGUUAUCCAAGAUGAGAAGAAACGUGAAAACACUAGUAAAAUAUCUUUUAAUUUCGGCAGUGACUGUAGUAUUUACAGUGCUAUUUUAUAGGAUAUUCAAAAGUAGAAAUUUGAAUACAAACAAUGUGUACUUUGAAGCUAAAAAUAUUGGGGUAGAACCCCAAGCUCCUCGAGACGUUUUUUUACCAGUUGAUAAUGAAAAAAUUGACUGGCAUGAUUACCAACAAAUCAAAAGGGAUUCGAUGAGAGUUGGUCCAGGUGAGCAGGGAAAACCAGCAUAUCUAAGUCAGUCUGAAAAUGAAAACUAUGAUUAUUCCAGUUGUAAAAACAAGAAAUAUUUGAAAAAACUUCCAACAGUAAGCGUGAUCGUUCCAUUUCACAACGAACAUUGGACCACGCUAUUGAGGACUGCUGCUAGUGUUGUAAAUAGAUCGCCUCCAGAUCUACUGAAAGAAGUCAUUCUUGUAGAUGAUUUUAGCUCAAAAGAAUUUAGUAAGACACCUUUAGAUGCUUACUUGAAAGCGAACUUAACAAAAGUUAGAGCCAUACAUUUACCAGAGAGAAGUGGACUGAUUCGAGCCAGGUUAGCAGGUGCUAGAGAAGCAACAGCAGAAGUGCUGAUUUUUUUAGAUUCUCAUACUGAGGCUAACGUCAACUGGCUACCACCUUUAUUAGAACCUAUUGCUCAAGAUUAUAAAACGUGCGUUUGCCCUUUCAUCGAUGUUAUACAGUAUGAAACAUUUGAAUAUCGAGCACAAGAUGAAGGUGCAAGAGGGGCUUUUGACUGGGAGUUUUUUUAUAAAAGACUCCCCUUGCUACCGGAAGAUUUGAAGCAUCCCACAGAGCCUUUCAAGAGUCCUAUUAUGGCCGGUGGAUUAUUCGCUAUAAGCAGUAAGUUUUUUUGGGAACUGGAUGGUUAUGAUGAAGGCCUUGAAAUUUGGGGAGGUGAACAGUACGAACUUAGUUUUAAAAUUUGGCAAUGCGGUGGUCAAAUGUAUGACGCACCGUGUUCCCGAGUGGGGCAUAUUUAUAGGAAGUAUGCUCCUUUCCCAAAUCCUGGAAAAGGCGAUUUUGUUGGAAGGAACUACCGUCGUGUGGCAGAAGUGUGGAUGGACGAAUAUGCACAGUAUUUGUACUUGAGACGGCCACACUACAAAAAUAUCAAUCCUGGAGAUCUAACGAGACAGAAAGCUCUUCGAGAAAAGUUGCAGUGCAAACCAUUCAAGUGGUUUAUAGAAAAUGUAGCUUUCGAUUUACCUCUGAAAUAUCCUCCUAUUGAACCAUCAGACUUUGGCGAAGGAGAGAUUAGAAAUUUAGGAGCUCCUGAGCUUUGUGUCGACUCUAAAUUCAAAGACAGAGACCAGCCAGUCGAAGUUCAGGAAUGCAUAUCUGAUACAAAAAAACGAGGUCAACAGACCUUUACCCUCACAUGGCACAAAGAUUUACGAGUCAAAGGAAAGUCUGUUUGUUUCGACGUGUCUGAUCCAAAUGAUAAGGCUGACGUUGUUCUGUAUCCUUGCCAUGGUAUGAAAGGAAAUCAGUAUUGGAAAUAUGAUGUGGUAAGAAUUGUCUUUAUGUGUUGUAAAUAA